AAAUAGUUGCGAAAUUAAAAAUCAUGUUUUGCUUAAACUAACGAUUUUAAAAGGUGAAAAAAAAAAUGGUUGUGAAAAAAAGUUUCGCCGCUUUUGAUUUUUGCUCCUGGAAUUAUGUUUGUUUACAAACUUUGCGCUGUCAUGGGGAACCAAGCCGCCGAGCCGCCGCUAUUGAGUUCAACGAGGCGGCUGGAAGUGGGAACCAGAGAUGUUGGCUCGUUAUUUUCCUGUGGGGCAGUAUUGCGGUGACAGGAGGCUGUAAACAACAGUUCAGGCGGCGUUCGUUUUGCUAUUCAAAAAAUCGUCAAUUUUCACACUUUUUCCCCAGUAUUAUGAACUAAAAACCGUGCGAAAAGAUGGCAACCGAUACGCAGAUUAUAAAACUGGUGGAGGAGAUUCUGUGCGAGAAGACCAAUGACUACGACUACGAGGGCCCGAUGCCGGACGAGGCGGAACUGGCCAAGCGGGCCGAGGAUGGGAUGAAAAAGUUUGGCACGGUGUUCGCCGGGAUGUCCCAGGAAACGAAGGAGAAUGCGUUGCGUUCGUGCUUGAUCCAUGUGGCCGGGAUCAAUCACCGGAAUAAGGUCCGGAAGCACAUGCAAGUGUUGCGGGAUCUGGUCGCGAAGGGAAUCAUUCCGGCGCGGUUGCUCUGCGAGCAGAUUAUGAGUUCGGAAAAGCUGGUCUAUCAGAAUCAGAGCUUCUGGAUCGAGUGCUUCCAGGUGGUGCGCCGGGUGAUCGGUGGCGUCGACUACAAGGGCGUCCGGGAGAUCAUGAAGUGCUGCAAGGAGAAGGCUCUGUCGUUCCCGGCGGGAAUCAGUUCCAGCAUCCUGCCGCAGAUGCUGGAACUGACCGAGGUCAUUGAGCACAUCUUCAACCGGAAUGCGUGUCUUCUUCCGGCGUACUUCAUCAUUAAUGAGAUCCAGAAGGCGGACUACCAGGACACCCACUGGCGGAUUGCCAAUCUGAUCGCUAACUUCAUCGAGGAGUUUGUGAUCGUGGCGCAGAUGUUGUCGAUCAUAGGCCACUCGUCGAUGCUGCCGAUCGUGGAGCACUCGUCCUACGCGGACAAUCUGAUCAAUCCGUGGAAGCUGGAUCCGAACACGCUGAAGCUGGCCCUGAGGGGAAACCUGCCGUACGAGCCGGAAUUGCUCCAGCCGCAGAUUAAACUGUUGAGGUUCGUGCUGGAACAGCCCUAUUCGAGGGACAUGGUCUGCUCGAUGUUGAAUUUGCAGAAGACCCAGAAGCAGAAGUGCAUGGCGCUGGAGGAACAGCUGGUGUGGUUGGUUAUGUGCGCCAUGGAGUGUUCCGAAAAGGAACCGGUUCACACGACGGUGGACGAUGAAGUUUCCAGCCACACCCAGUGGGUGUGGCUGCAUUUGAGCUCGCAGCUGAUCUACUUUGUGCUGUUCCAGUUUGCCACGUUCCAGAACAUUGUGAACACAUUGCACGACAAGUUGGCAGUCAGCAAUCUACGGCGAGGUCGGGACCAUUUGAUGUGGGUUUUGUUACAGUACAUUUCCGGAAGCAUCCAGAGGAACUCAAUUACCAAUUUUUUGCCGAUAUUGAAAUUGUAUGACAUUCUCUACCCGGAAAAGGAACCGCUUCCGGUUCCGGAUUACAACAAUCCUCUCUGUACCCAUCAAAUGGCCCCAACUUGCAUUUGGAUUCACCUUCUAAAGCGAGCUCAAUCCGAGCACUACAACAUCAACCGGCCCAUCCCGACGGCCCUCAAGCUGCACCACGAUUUCCUCCAGCAUCUGGUCCUACCCAACAACAACGCCACCCUCUGUCUGGGAUCGGACUACCGGCUGGCCCUGCUCUGCAACGCCUACUCCACCAAUCCGGACUACUUCUCCCGGCCGAUGGCCGCCCUGAUUGAAACCAUCCUCGGCAACUGCAAGAAUCAAUCCGCUGGCAGUGGUGGUUCCACCUCCGCCCAAUCCCUCCCAACCGUCCCGCUUUCCAUGUGCGUCCUGGAUAGCCUCACGAUCCACAGUAAGAUGUCGCUCAUCCACAGCAUCGUGACGCACAUGAUCAAACAGGCCCAGAACAAGAGCGCCACCCUGCCGAACUCGAACAACAUGGCACCAGCUCUGGUGGAAACCUAUUCCCGCCUGCUGGUGUACACCGAGAUCGAAUCUCUCGGUAUAAAGGGUUUCCUCGGACAGCUGCUUCCACAGGUGUUCAAGUCCGCCGCCUGGGGAAUUCUGUACACGCUGCUGGAGAUGUUCUCCUAUCGGAUGCACCACAUUCAGCCGCACUACCGGGUGCAGUUGCUGUCGCAUCUGCACUCGCUGGCUUCAGUGCCGCAUACCAAUCAGAUGCAGUUGCACUCCUGCGUUGAAUCGACAGCCCUCCGUCUCAUCACCGGUCUCGGCUCGGUCGAAGUUCAAGCCCAGAUGACCCGCUACGUAAACGAACAGAAGGCCCCGGGAAACAUCGUUUCCGCUGAAAGCGAAGAGUUGAACCGAGCUCUCAUUCUAACCCUAGCUCGCUCGAUGCACAUCACCGGCACCGGAAACGACACCCAGUCCACCACGUGGUGCAAGGAACUGCUGAACAGUAUCAUGCAGAAUACGCCGCAUACCUGGUCGCAGCACACGUUGCAGUGUUUCCCGCCGGUGCUGAACGAUCUGGUCGUGCAGCACAACGUCCCGAAGGAGAACAAACAGCUGCUGAAGAAAUCGGUGGACGAGGAGUACCGCAACUGGACGUCGAUGUCCAAUGAAAACGAUAUCAUUGGGCACUUUGGUUCGGCUGGCACACCAGGGACGCCACCGCUGUUCCUGUGUUUGCUGUUCAAGAUGAUCGUCGAGACGGACACCAUCAGUCCGGUGGCGUACAAAAUCCUAGAACGCAUCGGCGCACGCGCCCUUUCCGCGCACCUACGCAAACUCUGCGACUACCUCGUAUUCGAGGUAUCCAACUCGGCAGACGGUGCCCACGUCAAUAAGUGCGUCGACACCAUCAACGACAUGAUCUGGAAGUACAACAUCAUCACCAUCGAUCGACUGGUGCUCUGUCUCUCGCUCCGCACCCUCGAAGGAAACGAAGCCCAGGUCAGCUUCUGUAUCAUCCAGUUGCUGCUGCUGAAAACCUCGGAGUUCCGCAACCGGCUGCAGGAGUUCGUCAGCAUCAAUUCGCCCGAGCACUGGAAGCAGAACAACUGGCACGAACGCCAUCUGGCGUUCCACCAGAAGUUCCCGGAGAAGUUCACCCCGGACGAAUCGGUGUCGCACCCGUCGCUGCCGGUCUACUUCGGGAACGUGUGCUUGCGCUUCCUGCCGGUGUUGGACAUUACGAUCCAUCGGUACCUGGAGGUGCCGGCGACGAUGAGCAAGACGUUGGAUGUUUUGUUGGAUCAUUUGGGACCCCUGUACAAGUUCCACGAUCGGCCGAUCACGUAUUUGUACAAUACGUUGCAUUACUACGAGCGGAUGCUCCGGGAUCGGCCGCCGUUGAAGAAGCGAUUGGUCGGAACGGUUAUCGGAUCACUUAAAGAUGUCCGGCCGGAUAAUUGGGCUGUAACGGAGCAGUACCAGUCGUACAUGGCCAAGAAGGACGAAGCCGUCAAUUGGGUACCGGAUUUGAACUACUACAUCUACCUGGUCCGGCGUAUGCAGGACACCAUCGACGGUACCAACGUCUUUCCGGGAACCGAUUGGCGCUUCAACGAGUUCCCCAACCCACCGGCCCAUGCCCUGUACGUUACGUGCGUCGAACUGCUGGGACUCCCGGUCGGGCCCCAGGGCGUUGCCAAUAGCCUAAUUGACGUGGUGGUCAAAGGCUAUCCGGUCAUUCCGGCCCAAAGCGUGCACAAUUGGAUCAACACGAUCGGGCUGAUCAUGGCUGCCCUGCCGGAGUCCUACUGGGGUGUGAUCUACGAACGGCUACGGGAGGUCAUCAGCUGCUCGCAGAUGACCAAAUGGAUGCACCGGCAGAGUCCGUUCGAGCUGUUCAACUUCAAGAUCGUGCGGGAAGCCAUGCUGGAGAAGAGCUACGUGCUGAUCUUGGCGAUCGCGCAGAGCAUUCUGCAUCACAGCGGAAUCGGGCAGAUCGCGACGGUUACAGACUAUAUCAAGGAAAACUUCAAGCCCAUCAUCAAAACCGAGUACCAGCUGAUCAACCUGUGUCACCUGGUUGGUCCGUUCCUGAACCGUCUUAGCACCGAGCGACCACGCGCAGUUUCCGACAUAACCCUGAUUCUGUACGAGCUGCUCGAACAGGUCGACAAGGCACAACCUUCGAUCGCCCUCAAAUACAUGGACCCGAUCUGCGAUCUGCUGUACCACAUCAAGUACAUGUUCAUCGGGGAUAUGAUGAAAUCGGACCUGGAGGCGAUCAUCCGUCGGCUACGGCCGGCACUGCAGAUGCGUCUACGGUUCAUCACCCGGUUGAACGUGGACGAGAUUGGGGUCGAUCAGCAGAAUGUCGAUGCGUCGUCGGUGACUGGUCAGGGUACGACCGGUCCAGGUGGUCCCCAAUCGCAGCAGCAACCGCUUGGUGGUGCUGGACAAGGGGGAGGUCAACCGGCGGUUGCUCAACAACAGCAGCAGCAGCAACAACAGCAAGCUCAACAACAGCAGCAACCGCAGCAGCAGCAAGUGCAGGUGCAACAGCAGUAGAUGGUAAGUAAUCGAUAAGAAAGCAUUUAUUCACAAUACGUUAGAAUUUACAACAUUAAGAAUAUGAUACUUGGUAGCUUAGAGCGAGC